AUGGCUCCGAUCCCCGCAAAAUGGAUGACCGCCGGCUCCGCUGCCUUAGUCGUCCGAUACAGUCCAACUCAUAUCAUUCCUCCAGUUGCACAACGCUAUUUGACAUCUCCUGUACAUCCUAUUGGGCCGAAGAUUGCUUACAUGUAUGCAAAUCGUGACCGUAAAACUCUUUGGUGGAGAGUUUCAGUGUCACCACUUCAUCAGUUCAAGCGCGUUGUCCGCUCCUGGUGCGCACGACGAGUGCGUAUUGCCUUCGAGAGCGCAUUGAACAAACGGGGCAUCGACAAGUUGGGUCAUCCACUCCCCUCCGACGCUCCCCGUCGGAAACAAUCUUUGAUAGGUUCCUUGGAGGUUAUUGCUCGCCCGCCGUGCGUACAACAAAGCUUCACAGAUUUGCAAAAAGAUGCAGAUCGCCUCCUAGGAGAUAUUUUGAGAUUGCGCGCAUUGAAUCGUGGCCGAAGUCCGAUCAAGUCAAAGUUAGAAUCGAAAUCUCAUACUCAAAAGCCAAGUUGA